UGGAAGCAUGGCGACCUUGCAGCUUGGCUACCUGUGCAUCCGAGCGCGCCUCCGCUGCUUGCGCGGCAGUCUUCGGGUCCCCAUCCAGACUGGCUCUCGGACCUUGACCUGCAUCGAUCCUUCCAUGGGACUAAAUGAGGAUCAGAAAGGAUAUCAGAAAGUGGCCUUGGAUUUUGCUGCCCGGGAAAUGGCUCCAAAUAUGGCAGAAUGGGACCAGAAGGAGCUGUUUCCUGUGGAUGUGAUAAGGAAGGCAGCCCAGCUGGGCUUUGGGGGAGUCUACAUCCGAACAGACGUUGGUGGCUCUGGACUGUCGCGACUUGAUGCCUCUGUUGUCUUUGAAGCCUUGGCUACAGGCUGUACCAGCACCACUGCCUACAUAAGCAUUCACAACAUGUGUGCCUGGAUGAUUGAUAGCUUUGGAAAUGAGGAACAGAGGCACAAAUUUUGCCCACCGCUGUGUACCAUGGAGAAGUUUGCUUCCUACUGCCUCACUGAACCAGGAAGUGGGAGUGAUGCUGCAUCCCUUUUGACCUCAGCUAAACGACAAGGAGAUCAUUACAUCCUCAAUGGCUCCAAGGCCUUCACCAGUGGGGGUGGUGAAUCAGACAUCUAUGUGGUCAUGUGCCGAACUGGAGUAUCAGGCCCCAAAGGCAUCUCAUGCAUGGUUGUGGAAAAGGGGACCCCUGGCCUCAGCUUUGGCAGGAAGGAGAAAAAGUUGGUACUGCUAUCCUUAGGACCUUUGAAGAGAAAUCAGAUGGGGUGGAAUUCCCAGCCAACUCGAGCUGUGAUCUUCGAAGAUUGUGCUGUCCCUGUGGCCAACAGGAUUGGAAGCGAGGGACAGGGCUUUCUCAUUGCCAUGAAGGGACUAAAUGGUGGGCGGAUCAACGUAGCAUCUUGCUCUCUGGGGGCUGCUCAUGCAUCAGUCAUCCUUGCCCGAGACUACCUCAAGAUCCGGAAGCAGUUUGGAGCACCUCUGGCCAGUAACCAGUACCUGCGAUUCCAGUUGGCAGAUAUGGCCACACGGCUGGUUGCCUCUCGGCUGAUGGUCCGCACUGCAGCAGUGGCUUUGCAGGAGGAGCGGGAAGAUGCAGUGGCCCUGUGCUCCAUGGCCAAGCUCUUUGUUACAGACGAGUGCUUUGCUAUCUGCAACCAGGCUUUGCAGAUGCAUGGAGGCUAUGGCUACCUGAAGGAUUAUGCUGUUCAGCAGUAUAUGCGGGACUCCAGAGUCCACCAAAUUCUAGAAGGUAGCAAUGAAGUGAUGAGGAUGCUGAUCUCACGAAGCCUGCUUCAGGAGUAGCAUGCCUGAUGUUCUUGUGUGAUGUUCAUUGCAGCUGCAGUCAGUGUUGAGUGUUUCCAUGAGGGCUGUUCGGUUCCAAAUGGAUCAUGGAGUAGAUCAAAGGGCUGAACUCUUCGAAGACGAGACCUGCACUGCAUUGGCAGCAGUGUUGACUCAUAGACUAGAGCAGAGACCUCGGUAGAACUGGAAAAGCUACCCUGAUGAAACAUGUGACAAGAAGACCUACCACCUUCUUAUCCUAAUACCAGAAAGACAACAGUGAAUUCUAGUACCAUAGAUUUGUCUUUGAUUCACAUUAUCUUGAUUUGUCUGUAUUUUGCUGGAUCACUGGAAUCUUCUCCUAGGGACCUGGGUGCUUCCAUUGAAGCUUUUCCUAAUCACAGAGCAAAGGUGUGGGAGGGGGAGGGCAGAGAGCACGCCCUGUCUGUUUCUGCUCUCUGUUCUGCUGCUACAGUUUCUCUGAAUAAUGCUUUUCUGAUUGUAAAUCAUGACAAAAUGAAUAUUUGAGAAGCUACUCCUAGGCUGUGACUAGGCUGGACUAUCCAAAUACCAAGGACUGAUAUUAUUGGGAAUUUUGAAUAUUGUAGAUUUUUUUUGAGGAGGAGGGUAUUCAUUCAGGUUUUCUGUACCCUUUCUAAUAAUUGCUUUGAGUAUAUUUUUUCCUAUAUGGGUUUUUUUUCUUCUCUUUAAAAUCACUACAUUGAUAAAUAAAAUCUAACCCUUUCUAUACUGUCUCCACUUCCA